CCGCCGGCGGUUGGUCUGGAUUUGGAGAGCGCGUGCUGUUCCGGUAAUGAGCACAUAAACCGACGUCUGGAAUUCGGUCGUUCCUCCAAGAUGGUCCGCAUGGCCAGAGCCCUGGGUUUGGUCAUCCUGAGCAUCGCCCUGCUCAUCCUGUCCCUGAUCAGCUACGUGUCUCUGAGGAAAGACAGCCUCUUCAGCUCGUCCAAAUACCCGAUGGGAGGCCCCAGGAUUAUGUUUCAUGCAGGAUUUCGGUCUCAGUUUGCUAUGAACUUCCUGGACCCGUCCUUCAUCCCGCUAACAAAUGCCUUGAAUGAGGAGCUCCAAGGAAAACCUUCCAAGUGGAAAUUCAACAAGACUGCCUUUUAUCAACAGAGGAAAGAUAUCUUCAGCUACAUUGACAUUGCCAACAACUUCUCACUGACCAAAAACAGCGUGCGUGUGGGACAGCUGAUGCACUUCGACUACUCCAGCCACAAGUAUGUCUUCUCCAUCAGCAACAACUUCAAGUCCCUGCUGCCGGACGCCUCUCCUAUUCUCGGCAAGCAUUACAGCAUAUGUGCGGUGGUGGGAAACAGCGGCAUCCUGACUGGAAGCCACUGCGGCUCAGAAAUCGACCAGGCUGACUUUGUCUUCCGCUGCAACUUUGCCCCCACGGAGGUCUACUCUAAGGAUGUGGGCAAGAAGACCAACUUGACCACCUUCAACCCCAGUAUCUUGGAGAGGUACUACAAUAACCUGCUGACCAUUCAAGACAGAAAUAAUUUCUUCCUCAACCUGAAGAAACUGGAGGAAGCCAUUUUGUGGAUUCCCGCCUUCUUCCUGCAUACCUCAGCCACAGUAACCAGGACCCUGGUGGACUUCUUUGUGGAGCACAAGGGCCAGCUGAAGGUCAAACUGGCCUGGCCAGGAAAUAUAAUGCACGAUGUCAAUAAAUACUGGAAGACUAAAAACCUAUCCCCCAAACGGCUCAGCACCGGAAUCCUCAUGUACACGCUGGCUUCCGCCAUGUGCGAUGAGAUCCACCUCUACGGCUUCUGGCCCUUUGGCUGGGACCCCAACACGGGCAAGGAGCUGCCUUACCACUACUAUGACAAGAAAGGGACCAAAUUCACCACCAAGUGGCAGGAGACUCACCAGCUGCCCAGCGAAUUCAAGCUACUCUAUAAACUGCACAGGGAAGGUGUGACCAAACUCAGCCUGUCACACUGCAGUUAGACUGCAGAGGCCGUGACCCAGAUCCACAUCAGCUCAUCGCAGACCUCCAUCACAGUUGCGUAGUGCAUGAUAAAUGUAAACACAAUGAUUGAAACACUCAUUUUAGAAACACGCCGAGGUUCGCUCACUUCACCAAUCACAUGCUUUAUUUCCAUAUUAAUGUGUUCAGUACUGUUUACUCUCAUUACUUUCCCAUUGUUGUCCAGUAAUAUUUGGUCAUUUUUUUGGCCAAGGUUGGAAA